AUGACAUCACAUCCAAUCGGCGCAUCAGUUAUUGCCAACGGCUUUUACGUUGACAAACUCAUGACCAGCGCACCUACAAUUGAAGAUGUUAUCGAAAUCAAGCAGCAAGUCAUCGAAGUGUUAAACAAAGGUGGAUUUCCACUAAGAACGAUUGCAACAAACGACGCAAGCAUUAUCGCCGAUGUAACCGCAGUGGAUCGUGAAGACAUUAUACAAGUUGAGGACGUUGACUAUGUGAAAGAAUUGGGCUUGAAAUGGUCCCCAUUUUUGGAUAACUUUCUCUUCAGUUACACCCAACCACUCGUAUCAUCGAAAGUUAGCAAGCGUAUCAUCCUCUCAAAUAUCGCUAGAUUCUUCGAUCCAUUGGGCUUGCUCAAUCCGCUUAUGGUCACGUGUAAGAUUUUGUUGCAGCAGUUGUGGAAAUUUCGGCUGAAUUGGGGCGAAAGCGUACCUCCGUCUAAUUAUACACAAUGGGAGUCAUUUUGCACAAAACUCCCGCUUGUUGAAAAUCUUCGAGUGACCAGAUUAGUAGCAUGUGAUUACAACUCUACUACACACGCAUUUGUAGACGCCAGUACAAGAGCAUACGGUGCCACCAUAUACGUGGUAUCCAACUCAACAUCGGCACUACUAUGUGCGAAAUCUUAUGUUGCCCCUACGAAAGAAGUAAGUCUGUUUCGACUAAAACUCAGCGCUGCGGUGCUCCUGGCAGAGUUGCUUGAGUUUGUGUAUAAGAAAAUCCACCACAACACUGGGAAUGUUCAAUGCUGGACCGAAUCGUUGAUUAUGUUGGCCUGGACAAAGGGAGAUCCUUCAAGAUGGACAACUUUUGUCAGCAAUCGAGUAACCAAAAUACAAUUACUCACUCAUCACUAUUACUGGCACCACGUCCCCAGCGAAUUAAAUCCUGCUGAGAUACUCUCACGUGGAACGAAAGCUGACAAAUUUAUCGACAACAGCCUUUGGUUUCAUGGCCCGCAUUUCCUUACCCAAGACGCUCAACACUGGCCACCACCAUCAUCCAAUGCCAUCAACGACAAUAAUAUACCAGAGCAGCGCCGACACAAUAUCGUGUUGCUAACAAAUCCAACAACAGAUAUCAUCAGUGAGCAUAAAUGUGUGACGAAUUACAAUAAACUUCUUCGAAUAAUGUGUUAUGUGCGACGAUUUGCAGAUGCAUCGCGUGGAAUUCGCACCAACCAAAAUAGCAUCACCGCAUCGGAAAUAAACCACCAUUUCUCACCAUUUGUCGCAUCGUCCAAAGUACCAAAUUCUUUGAUGAAUUAUCCAUGCUUUAAACGGACCGCCUCGUUCAUUGGAAGUUGA